AUGGCAGAGCAGACCAGUCACGAUGUGGUAAACCAAACCCGGUCGGGCGGCGAGCCUUCGUCUUCCGACGUUCCUGCGAGCAAAAAAGACAAGUACACUGCUGAAGGGGGCGAGGGGAGGAUUACCAAAAUCGAAUUCAACUUUGAAGGCAAAUCAUCCAAUAUGGAACAAUCCCAGCGUAACACAAGAACGACGGAUACAAGCGAGGCGGAGAAUUCUUCUGGUGAAGGAAGCAAGGAUACUGGUAGAAAUGGGUCAGCCGCUGUGGCGACGAGAGCGUUGGAAUUGAACGGAGUAGCAUCUAUGUCGGAUGGUGGUGAGGAUGGUGGCUCUCUCGGCGGUUCGGAUACAGAUACCAGUCGUAAUGAUGGCCGACAACAUCUCCGUACCAGUUCGAUGAAGAAACCAACCGCUUUCAAACCCGUGUCGUUUGCGAAAUUUUCAGUGCCCAAGGCGCCUGGAACCUCGGCGGCCCCGAAACUCGAUGCUGACGCUACCUUAGCGACUCUCUCGGUGACACCGUUAAGUGCCUCACCACAGCCUUCUACACGACCCCGUUUGGUAGCGAAGACGACGAGUGGAUUGGGAUCGUCAUCGAAACAUACGGCAGCUGGUUUAAAAGGACCUUCAAGUGGACCAGAUGCGAGCCAAGUCUGGAAUAAAAACAGGCCCGCUCAACCGCCGCCUACGAAGCAUCUAACAGAUGAAGAACUAAAGCAACAGUACGGCAUUCACAUGACGUCUCGAAUUCAAGAAGAUGGAAAUGGGACGGAAUCCAAGUGGGCGGAUAUCGAUGAUGACGAGGACGAUUGGGCGCCAGAAACCAUUGAAUGGAACGACGGAACGAAGAUCAAACUUACGCAUACCGAAAAUUCCCAGUCCUCACCACAAGAGAUUCGAGAUCGCACUGAUGCAAAGGAAGCAGCAAUACCAGCACAGCUACCUGCUCAGGAUAGUACAAAAGUUCUUUACCCCAAAACGUCCACUACCGUUGGACCGAACGCAACAGUCCUCCGUUUGGGAGCGAACGCGGAAAGGCAGCAACAACAGGCGAAGGCAGUGAUUGCCUCAAAGUCAGGAUCUGAUAAGCCUACUUUGACAACGAAAUCCCCAGCACCUGUUCCAAUGAAGUCUCCAUGGGCUCCUUUACCCCCUGUUGAAAAGGUCUCUCCGGUAAACCCUCCAGUUCAAACCGUGCAAAGCCACCAUGCCCCUCGUUUUCAGGCUAGAGAACAGGCAAUUCCUGACAAGAACAUACCUGCGCGCGAAAUAGCAGCUGAUGACUUCAAUCGGUCGUGGAGGGAGGGUCAAUCGAAUGUUCCGCGAGAACUUUUUAACUCCCAGUCUGGCAGAUAUGAACCAGUGCCAGAUACGCGUAAGGGUUCCGUGCGCGAUGCUCAUAUGCGCCCGGCGACUGUCCUACAGCGGCCUGGUAAUCACGAAGUGGGGAGCCAUCCAGAGCCAUCUGCUGCCUUUCAGACAUACAGAUCGAGCCACCAAGAGCCUGGCCAUUGGGGUCGUCGACGUGCUUCGUCAAAUGUUAGUGGCGGUAGCGGGAGCUAUGGGCGCCGUAUGUCAAUUGGGCGACCAGAUAGUCAAGUAAAAUUUAAUGAAGGAAGACGGGGUUCCCAGGUCAAUGGAGUUGUAGAGAACUCGGUCUCACCAAGCGAAACAAUUCAUUCGAAAGAUUUCAUGCCACCUGAACACUCCGCACACCAACCAUCCUCAAAUCAGACAUGGCAACCAAAAAUGAGCACUUAUACUCCUCCUGGUACGCAGCCAGGAGGCAAACCUAUGACUUCGGACGAAGUCAACCGGGACUCUAACCAAGCUUCUGCUGAAGAUGUUAUUCUUAUGCAACAGCGAAUUAUGAAAGAGAAGCGUUUGGAAGCUCGUCAGCGGAGAUUAGAGCAAGAACAGAAGGAGGAAGCUGCACGCCGAGAACGUAUUCGCCUGAAGCUCGAAGCUUUAGGACCUGCUCCUGGGAAAGAGAAGGAGACCCCAAAGGUCGAAGAGCGGCCGGAAGCAACGACAGCACUAAGUAAGGGAUUUCCCAAAGAUCAGCUUGCAACGACCGGUGCACAAAAUACCGUACAAUCUCCACCGAAACCUCCUGUUCCUGAACCUAGCGGAGAGCCGAAACAAUAUGGAAUGAUGAGGGUUCAUCAUCCUGAAUCAGUUAAAAAAUUAGUCGCAGCCAAUGAGCGAGCCACUGAGAAGCCGUCGACCACUUCAAUGAUGAGCCAACGCAGCAUUUCCCCAUCGCGUGACGUGAAACAUGAGACGGUCAAGACCAACGGAGUUUUGCAGGACGAAUCGUUAUUGUCCAAAGAUCAAAACAUUGAUAUGCCCACAUUGGAAGAAAAAGACUCACAAUGGAGAGGCAAUCAAACUUCAUACACUCCUUGGGGAGCCGGGACUAAACUUAGUGCCCACUCUUCUCCUAGUUCUAAUAUGUGGAAGCCGCUCAGCAGCGAUAAGACCCUUGGCAAUGGCACUUUUGACCGCAAUCUGGCUGCGUUCUCACAUGAUCUCUCUCUCCGUGGACCUGUUGGUUUAACUGAGCCUCCCCCUAUUGGUUCAUUACCAAACAUGGAUAAAAAUGCUGGGUCGCAGCCAUUUGUCGGUGCGAGACUUGCACCAGAGCACAAGCAGUCACUAGCCCAGUCCGAUAGCACUCAUGCACCAUAUGAACCUUUCCAACCUAUUGGUCGCCCGCGGCCCAUUGGUCCUCCUAAUUCCCAGCAUAGCCCCUGGCAAGCUGAUGCGCGUCGGACUGUUCAGGCAGCGACCUCAGCUUGGGGUAACUUCCACUCGGUCGCAUCGAAGCAGGAGGCUGAAGCAAAUGCUAAAUUUCACCGAGAAUUUGAAGCCAUGCGCGACGAGCCCCCCGCCUCCCUCAACGUCACCUUCUCUGAGACUUGGCGUCAGGUGCGGUCUGGAGACCAAGUAGGCCAAAGGGAGGUGAUUGACGUGGUGAAAGCUACUAAAGCCACAGGUCCUUUACAAGCUCUCCAUGGAUUUGAUGCUCCUAUAGACAGUCUACCAUUCCCAGAGGCUCAUCCCCGGCCGUUUAGCGGUGUCCCCAACCGCGGAUCUCGCUUUUUCCCUACGAUUACGGAGCCGUACCGAGUCAGUGUUGCUGUGGAUGAUGGACGACCUCGGAGCCCAUCACCACCUCCUCCUGAGGCAUAUUCGACGCACCCUGCAUAUAGUGGUGAUGCUCAUCGACCUCUGGUUAAUUUACCUAUCCCCAAACCAAUAGUUCGCUUACCGCCAAAGAUUAGCCAGCUACCUCCGAAGCCACCGACGUUUGCUUCUAUGGCGGCGACGCAGUUGCGACCGCCGCAGCCCGUGAUGAGCGCAACUUCUUGGCAGGAUCGUAUCAAUGGGCUCUUUGGCAAGGCAACUCCAGAGAAGAAGCAUAUUCUGGCAGUUGCUUCUGCAACCAAGGAGCCACUAGACGUUCAGUCGCAUUUACAUCCAGCAGCUGUUUCGUUUCCUCAAACUAGAGGAGUCGGUGCUAAAAAUGCCGAAUUGGUAACCUCUAAAGAAGUUGAGGAAGAAGAAGCUAUUUUUGAAGACCGGGAAGCAGGUUCUCUGCCAGUUGUUCGUGUACCCGUUAUGGCACCGCCUAAUGCAUGGCACGCAGCCCUCCCGCCGCCAGCACGUCUUCGGCCCAAGGUUCUUAGACCGAUGCAGGUUCACAGCGUUGAACCAUUCGCUUUAGAAUUCCCCAAAAAGGAUGUGUCUGGGAAUUGGCAAAUCGUCGUCCAUAUUCCGGGGUGCGAUAAUGUAGCUUCUGUCGCUUUAUUGAAAAAGCUUUUUCUUACUUCUUCGCGACCGAAAGGAAACACCACUUUUCGUACUCGCAAAAGCGCCAAACCAAGGGAACCGGGGGCAAAGUACAAUGGCUCACAUAACAACAAACGACAGGGCUCGUCUUCUGACACAACCAGAAGUGGCGAAGGGAAUUCCCAUGCUUCGGGCAACUAA